AUGGAUGCCAGUGUUAAACAACAUUACUUCGCCGAUUCGCCCCCGAGCGUGGUUCGGCUGGAAGUUAAACACCACUUCGAUAACCUCAAAGACAAGAACCUACGGAAAUACGCCCAUUACAUUAGCCGAGCCGCGUUUGAGGGAACUCGUGUGACUCUCCGUCAAGUCUCUCCGGAAUCCGAACCGAUCUACGACUUGAUUCUCGCGCUAUAUCGAGCCUGCGAUGGAAAUUGGCCCGAGCUGGCUCGGAAGACCAAUGUCAGCGACGAGAACCUCCGCUACUUCCUAGAAUAUUCUGCUCAGUUCCUUGGAAACUGUGGUAAUUACAAGGGCUUUGGCGACUCGAAGUUUAUUCCUCGAUUGCCCGUCGAAGCUUUAGAAAUUCUGGCGUCGAGCACGCCCGAGACGAAGGCUGCGUUCCAAAAAGCCAACACAACAGGAGGGGGCAUUUACGAGACAAAGGAGCAAUCCCUAAUGCACCUUGGCUAUCCCGAAGCGGGACAUAUGACUUCGUACUACCCUGAUUCACCAUCUAUCACUAAGGAUGAGAUUACAGCUAUUGGAGAUUUCUUCGAGCAGAAGGGCAUGCCCUUAGAAAACACUAGGCUUCGAAAGACCUCCACGGGAGAUUUUGAGUUGCUGCUCGCUUCUGGUGUUUCCUCUCCUCCGACCCGAGACAGGGAUUUGGGGGAUGCAAGUUCGUUUGACCUGGACGGGGAACUGAAGGGAAAGCAAGUGCAUCUUCUGUUUGGCGACCACAAAGAAGAAAUGGCGAAGAUCGCGCAUAGUGUCAAGCAGGCCGGGCUUCACGCUGCAAAUAAUACCCAAAAGGGCAUGCUGGAUGCUUAUGCACUUUCGUUUGGUGCCGGCUCUAUUGAAGCAAUUAAACAGAGCCAACGACUAUGGGUGAAGGAUCAGAAGCCAGUUUUGGAAACAAACCUUGGGUUCGUCGAAACGUACAGAGACCCUCACGGGGUAAGAGGAGAGUGGGAAGGCUUUGUUGCGUUGGUCAAUCUAGAACGGACUGCGGCUUUUGGGAAGCUUGUAGAUAGUGCGCAAAGCAUGAUUCCUAAACUACCCUGGGGUGAAGACUUUGAAAAGGACAAGUUUCUCAGCCCUGAUUUCACCUCGUUGGAAGUGUUGAGUUUUCAGUCGUCUGGCAUCCCAGCUGGUAUUAAUCUUCCCAAUUAUGAUGAUAUUCGCCAAAACCUAGGUUUCAAAAACGUCUCCCUUGGGAAUGUCCUUUCUGCUAAAGCUCCCGAUGAGCCCAUACCAUUUAUCCGAGACGAAGACCAAGAAGUUUAUCGUCGAUGCCGUGAUCCUGCAUUUGAGGUGCAGGUUGGCAUCCACGAGCUUCUCGGGCACGGAACUGGCAAGUUACUGCAGGAGACCGCUCCCGGGGAGUAUAACUUCGAUGUUUCCAACCCUCCGAUUAAUCCGGUGACCGCAAAACCCGUAUCGACGUGGUACAAACCGGGUCAAACAUGGAGCUCUGUAUUCGGGGCCAUUGCUUCGUCUUAUGAAGAGUGCCGUGCGGAGUGCGUUGCCAUGGCUCUUGCUUGCGACUUCAGCAUCCUUAAGAUCUUCGGCUUUGGCGAUGGAAAGGAAGAUCUCUCAAACGAGGCCGGGGAUGUUCUAUUUGCUGCGUACUUGCUAAUGGCUCGUGCCGGUCUGGUCGCUCUGGAAUUCUGGGACCCCAAGACGAAGAAGUGGGGGCAAGCGCACAUGCAGGCCCGGUAUAGUAUCCUGCGUACCUUCCUCGACGCUGGCGAUGAUUUCGUCAAACUUUCCUAUACCAAGGAAGACCUGUCCGAUCUUGAGAUCAAAUUGGACCGCUCCAAAAUUCUUUCCCAUGGACGUCCAGCUGUGGAAAGAUACCUGCAGAAAUUGCACGUCUACAAGAGUACGGCAGAUGUCGAGGCAGGCAAAGCACUCUAUGAUGAUAUCACAUCCGUUAAUGACUGGUGGGGCACCAAAGUCCGAGAUAUUGUUUUGAAAAACAAAAUUCCCCGCAAGGUAUUUGUGCAAGGAAACACUAUUUUAGAUGGCGACGAGGUCAUCUUGAAGGAGUAUGAGCCAACGCUCGAGGGUAUCAUCCAGAGCUUCGUCGAGCGGAAUAGAACCGGUGGACUCCUGAUCGACAAGGGCAGCGAGAGUCUGGAUCACCUCCGAUCAACGGGACGACCUUUUAGUUACCGUCAACUCCCCUCACCCAGCCAAUUCAUUUACAGUACGACAUCAAAGAGACUCAGAACAAAUUUCGACGCCUUGUCGUGGUCAUCGGAUUUUCGUGGCUCGCCUCCCACGGCGCGGCCGCUCAACCACCUCAACCUCACGGACCCUGUGGAGGAAGACGACGACUUCUAUACCGCACCGCCGCCACAUUCCCCCUACUCAGAAGCCUCCUCCUCUAGCUUCGCUUCUUCGUAUCCUCCCCCGUUCUCAUCGCUCGUCUUCUCUUCAAGCGACUCCAACCGUCCAGAAGCUACAGCUUUCGAUCCCGGUUGCGCUUCUCCCCCGGCCUUUGCUCCUUUACCUUCCGAAGACUGUCCUUUAGAACCAGAGCCGUCAUCGGCGUUAGUCGCAGAAACAAAACCAUCUUUUUCGCGGGAGCCGAAAGGAGAGCAAAGCUCCGACGAAGGCGAACCUCCUCCCCCCUACACCGAGGGAUCUAGCCCUAUCGACUCCUUCACAUACGUGAUGGCAGCAGCAGGAGGCGCGUCGAGUAUUAUUACUCAGGUGCAACAGACAGGUGGUCCUCCAAUAAAUACACUCGGUGAUGUUGGCGGCGACGAACAUAUUACCCUCGAUCUCCGGGGAACCCGGUUUACGCUCUCGCGCGAUGAAUUACUUACUCUACCAGAGUUUGUCCUCUUAUCACUUUUCCCAAAUGGUCUACUUCCGGAUGGACAUAUGAAUGGUUUUCAUGAAAGCGACGUCUAUCCUGUUGAUUAUGACCCAGCAUCUCUCCAGUACAUGUUGGACUUCUUCCGUUCUGUUGCGCAGUCUAUUCCGUCUUCACCGUCUGCUUCUCCAGAUCUUGAUGUGGCCCCCGAUUCCAUGCAAGGCUCCACGCGAGACAUGCUGCAAGAUCGUGCAGGCAUAAUCGUCUUACGCGAAGAUUUAGAUUUUUAUGCAAUCCCUCCACGGCCAGACAUUGACCACGCCGAGAUGAUGGAUGUUAAACGAUGCGCUGCAAAAGCGCUUCUACAACAAGAUGGGAUAUUUUCGGGCCUGAGAAAAAGCGACGAGCCGGGUUCUACGGAACAACAUCUCAUUGAGAUGCUCACCGCAGGUGGAUUUGACCGUGAAGACCACUGGGGUCAUCGUGCCCCGGAACCAAGCAAAGCAGUAAUUUGCAGUCUUGCGUUGGCUAAGCUCCGAACCGAUAUCAGAGGUGAUCUAGCCAGCAAUAAUGUCGGAAUGGCACAAAAGCUUCUUUUGUUUUGGCGGAAACCAGCACGACGAUGUUGGUGGGAGGGCGUUGAGUUGGACAACGUCGACGGAGUUGAAGGCAAAAUCAAAAUUUGGAUCCGCAGAGUCUGGACCCUCGAGAUGAGCGUAAUUGGGCUCCGAUAG